AUGAGUCUUCGACUAUCAUCCCUGGAUCCAAAUGAGCCCCGGGCGGGGAAGGAUUGCCGCAGCUGCAAUCGCCGUAGAAUCAAGUGCGAUAGGAGUCUCCCUACGUGCAAGAAGUGCGCUCUGAAGGACUUGCAGUGUCCAGGCUACGGCCUAAGGAUUCAAUGGGGCCAGGGCGUGGCCAGCCGGGGAAAACUGACUGGCAAAACCUUGCCGGUACUUGACGCGAACUCCACUGGCUCUGUCGAUUAUAACGACAGCCCGAAGAGUUCUACCCCUCCCGAAUCGCUAGGCUCGCGCGAUGAGAAUCUCGAGUCCUCGCCGGUGCCGGUGCCUCCUGGUCUCCGGCGCGCCUUCGAGGCGGCCGCGAAUGGUCAAUCACUACUCGGGGGGAGUGCCAACCUCGACGGCGAUCUAACUCCAGAUCAAAUCCCGCUUUAUGUGCAAGAUCCUAUUGUGCAGCAGCUCCUCCAUCACUACGACAAAGAAGUCGCCGCCGUCAUGCCGUGGGUCGACGGACCGCGGAAUACUUGGCGGACGGUCAUCAUCCCACUGGGGAUGGAAUCGCCUUCUCUCCUGCUCGCCAUCCUGGCACUGGCUGCCGAACACUAUACCUCCAAGAUGGGAUCGACGUGGUCGAAGCAGCACGGCGUCAGCUCGAGUCACUACCGAGACAAGAGCCUGAAGCUCCUCGCGCAGAACCUGAGAUGUGAGAUGAGCGAGGGCGCAUCGACUCCACACCAGGAGCCCCCUAGCGCGAUGCUGGCGACCAUCCUGAUCCUGUGCAACCUGGAAAUGAUUCGCUCAGACUCCUCGGUGUGGAGUGUACAUUGGAAAGCUGCCCGGACGAUUACUCGCCGAUGGACGAGUCCACACCACCACCACUCCGCUUCGUCAACACUAGACUCCAUAUGCCAACUCCUGAUCAAGGAGGCGUUCAGCUACGACGUCUUCGCCUCGUCGACCACGUUCGACAACGACGACCAGAUCCCCAGCUCCGUCCUCUGUGAAGACGACGAAGCUGCGUUCACCGAGUGGAUGCGGAUCAUCCAGGAAGUCACAACGUCUGAAAGAUACCGCUAUAAGCUCAGGAGUAAAGGAGGGGCCAACGACCGCCCUCCCACACCGCCAAUGGACAUUGCCACGCUCCAGCGGGGCUUCGAAUACGCCAGGCAACGCUCACUCCACUUCGAAAAAGCCAUGGACUUUGGCUCGUCCGAGCUGCACCGCGACUUCGGGAUCCUGAUCUCCAUCUUCCACUUUGCCGGCCUCCUCUACAGCUUCCGCGCACUCCUCGACACCACCGGCGUUCGCAUGCACACGACGAUGCAGCAGUUGGUCCAAAGCACCAUCCAUCACAUCAACCAAAUCGAAGUGCGCUCCGCGUUCCAGCACGACUUCGUCUGGCCGUUGUUCAUCGUCGGCACGGAGAGCAGAGACAGCAUCGAGCUGCAGGAUUUCGUGGAGUCGCGGCUCCUCGAGGCCAUGAGCUCCACGGGUUUUUCCAAUUGCUACCCGGCGUUGCAAUUUUUACAGCGGUUCUGGGGCACCCAGCCUGAGACGACUCCAGACUGGUUGCAGUUUGCCCGGCAGGAAUCUGCGCGCGGGUUCACUUUUCUGGUGAUAUGA